GUGAGUGAGUGAUGGGGUGAUGGAGAGAGUGAGCAGACGGUGUGAAUGAAUGAAUGAGCUGGGACUCUGCUGGGGCUCUUCCUGCCCUACGCACUCCCCCGCCGCCCUCCCUGGUCGGUCUGUGCCCUGCGUGGUGCCACAGCCCUGGGCUGGCUGUGCGUCGGCCGAGGUGGGCAGGUGCCCGCGUGCCCAUGUGUGACUGGCAGCUGGCGCAUGAAGCGGGUCGACCCCGGUGGGCGGCACCCAGGGGUCCUGGGCACCUUGGGGCCAGCGGGGAGGGGGCACUGUUCCAGAGGGCCAGAGACGCGGGGUCCCGGCUCCCCGGCUCGGUGGUCUGCAGGGGGUACGCCCAGGCCCCUCUUUCUCCCGGGGGACAGGCCCACCCGGCAAGGCGAGACCAGGCUGCGCCCCGGUCACGCACUUGCUCAGGUGGCCAGGUGGCGAGGCUGGACGCAGGAUCGCGACUAGUGUGUCUGCGGCCAGGCCAGGACGCCCGGCCACGUGGCACCGCCGCUGGGGGGUGGGGGCGUGUGACUCUGGAAACUGCCGGAACUUCUGCCCCUGCCUCAGACACGGCGUUGGUGCCCAGGUGGGGGCUGGUGACGGGCGUGCCCAUGCGGGGAGGGGGCUGCAGAGGAGCUUGGACGGAGCCAGGGGAGGCUCCCAGAGAAAGACCUUCGGCCCUCCUGUGCCCAGGACACUGCACACGGGCACAGAGCGUCCAGGCUGCCCCAGGGCUCAGAUCCCCACACGGUCGGGGACGGAGGACACGAGGGGGUGUUUGCUGCGGGGCCAGAGUGUGGUGGACAGACGGGGACAGGAGGGCAAGAGAGGGGGUGAGCCAGACUCGCGCGUGGCCAGGGGCUCCGGACAGGGCAGGGGCUGAGCAGAGAGCAGCGGGGAGGCAGGGGGCGGGCAGGGGGCUCUCCCUUCAGCCCACAUGGGGUCCCAGCUGCAGAGGGCCAGCCCCAAGCACCGCUUCCUGGGCCUGGCCCUGAGCAGUGACAGGUGGUAGGUGGAGUGCCCUCCAGGGGACAGGUGACAGGCCCUCCAAGGGACACGUGACAGGCCCACCAAGUGACAGGCCCUCCAGGGGACACAUGACAGGCCCUCCAGGGGACAGGUGACAGGCCCUCCAGGGGACAGGUGGCAGGCCCACCAAGUGACAGGCCCUCCAGGGGACAGGUGACAGGCCCUCCAGGGGACAGGUGGCAGGCCCACCAGGGGACAGGUGACAGGCCCUCCAGGGGACAGGUGGCAGGCCCACCAGGGGACAGGUGGCAGGCCCUCCAGGGGACAGGUGGCAGGCCCACCAGGGGACAGGUGGCAGGCCCUCCAGGGGACAGGUGGCAGGCCCACCAGGGGACAGGUGGCAGGCCCUCCAGGGGACAGGUGGCAGGCCCUCCAGGGGACAGGUGGCUGGCCCUCCAGGGGACAGGUGGCAGGCCCUCCAGCGGACAGGUGGCAGGCCCUCCAGGGGACAGGUGGCUGGCCCUCCAGGGGACAGGUGGCAGGCCCUCCAGCGGACAGGUGACAGGCCCUCCAGGGGACACGUGACAGGCCCACCAGGGGACACGUGCCAGGCCCUCAGGGGACAGGUAGAUUCCAGCAGAGGGACAGGUCAGAUGCCUCCAGGUGGCAGGUUGACACCGGCCGUGGUGGUGAAACUCCCAGUCGUGACAGGCAGGAUCCUGCCGGGUGACAAAGCUGCCGGGCAGAGCGCCUCCAGGUGACAGAUACUCAGCAGGUGGCAGGCAGACCCCCACCGGGUGACAGGCAGAAUACUCCCAGGUGGCACGUGAGACGCUGCCCGCCCGGUGCCAGGCUGUGGCCAGCGCCCCCUGCAGGCCAGGUGCAGAACUGCAGAACGGGUGAUGACCUGUGCGUCCCAGUGCCCGGUGCU